UUUUCUUUUUAGACUGACUUUAAAAUAAGCUCCACCAUGGCCUACAGUCUCUCUAGUGUUUAAUCAACACUCUCCUUGACGAAUCCUUCUCAGAGCAGGAACGACGAAAGAAGAAGGACGACACCAAUGCCCGGCCCAUCUGAAAAGUUGGGACGCAUAUUGGUGGUAGACAAUGCCCCCAGUGACCUGAAAAGGAUGGAGGCAGGAAACACGCGUCGUUCCUCGAGCACUUUUUCUCUGAAUCCGUUGCUAGGAGAGGUUGUUUUGGAGGAAGGAUGGAUGGAAACGACAAAGGAAAAAGCCGCCUCUGUGGUGGACGCGGACUCGCUUCACUUUCGAGAACGACUCACGACAUCUCUGAACCUAUUUGCUAAUGCGAGUCCAAACCAGCCUGGUGGCUUACCAGGAGCAUAUGCUCAUCCUGGCACGGCUCCCUUUUCUUCUUCUUUUGUGGAUAACCCCGGAUAUAACACCAGCAGCGCCGCUCUUCGCGAGGGAGUACCGGUACUGUGGGAAAACUCCUUUACACAGGAUGGGUUGGUCGUAGCGAUGCCCGUCACAGAACCAACCGCGGAGGCACAACCAAUGGAUCCGCCGCGGAAAAAACGAGAGAAAUCAAGCCACGGAAAGGAGUUUCUCGCUUGUCUCUGUGUACUGGCAAUUGUGGCGGCUGGGCUUACCGGCAUUCUCAUGGCAAGCAAGUGGAAUCCAUCCAGUAGUGAGGAACGCGGAGCAGAUUUGGACAUGUACAACAACAACAACAAUGAGUCAACGGCAGUACCAACCCAAGGGGGCGAUGAUUUGCUGUUGUUGUCGUUACUGCCUGAGCCAACCAAGAAACUGAUUCUACGCGAUGAGCUUGGAAUCAGUCCUCAAUCCAAGGCAUUCCAAUGGCUACUCAACGAUCCCAACAUUACAACCUAUUCAGACGACCGUCUUCAGCAAAGGUUUGCUGUAGCAACACUAUACUAUUCAACGGGGGGAGAGGAAUGGACGGAACAAGGAGGAGGAACCACUACCGUCACACUCGAUAAGGGGCCGCCGGGAGGUCCUGGAGGAGCUCCUCCGCCACCGAAAGGCGGCCCGGGUCGUUUCUUGCAACAGAAUGCCUCCUUGCCACCUUCUCAAAAUAAUACUAAUAUUACGCAGCCGCCACCACAAGGCCCGCCUCCGCCUGCGGGCCCGCCUCCGCCUGGUGGGCCGCCUCCACCUGGGGGCCCACCAAAGGCCUCGGUCGAAAAAGUCAACAUUACGUCCGCCGAAUGGCUUUCCUACGAGACUCCAGAGUGUGAGUGGUUCUCGUUGGCGGCUCUCUCGGACAAGGAACCUUGCAAUGAGGAUGGAAGCUUUCGCCACCUGUUUCUGAAAAGCAACAAUCUUGCUGGAUCUCUCCCGGAAGAGCUCAUGAUGAUGACAUCGUUGGAGUACUUGAAGCUGGGGAGGGACAACAUUGGUUCCACACUCACCACGCAGAUUGGACAAAUGACAAAACUGACACAGCUUCGGGUGUUUAGUCAUGCUCUCACUGGCGCCAUCCCCAGCGAGGUGGGAUUAUUAUCCAAUCGGUUGGAGGCCAUUUCCAUUUUGGACAAUCAAAUGACCGGAUCACUGCCAGAGCAGAUUUGGCAACUGUCUCGUCUGGACACAUUGAUGAUCUCUCGCAACUCAUUCAGCGGAUCCAUUGCCUCGGGCAUUGGCUAUCGCAUGCCCAACCUGGUAACUCUCAUGGCGGAUCGAAAUCAACUCACUGGGGUUAUCCCAUCGUCUAUUGGAUUGUGCACACAGAUGCAAGCGUUGGAUGUGGAUGGCAAUCAGCUCAACGGUCCGAUUGUUUCAGAGCUGGGUCGGUUGCAGUCGGUCCAUCGUUUGUUCCUGAAGGACAACAAUUUGGAAGGCAACGUGCCCUCUGAGCUUGGUCUGCUGACUGGGUUGAAAGAGCUUCGACUGGCUGGAAACCCAAUGCUGAAUGGAACUUUGCCUUUGGAACUGACUCAGUUAAACUCGUCCAUGCACACAUUGUUGUUGGAGGGCACAGCAAUCUCUGGGACGAUUCCUGAGGGUCUUUGUAGUCUCUACCGACUGUCGUUUGAUUGCUCGUCGUCUCUGUGUGGAUGUGAAUGCCCGUGUACACAUGAGUAAAUGAAUUGGGGGUACAUGAGACACAAGGGAUAUUAAUGGUGGCAUUUAGAGCAUUUUCCUGUGUAGCUUGGCCCACUGACAGAUGUCACACACUAGCUAGCAUCCUCUUGCGUAUCAGCCAUGGAAGCUGACAGGAUCUUGUGAUCACUGACUGCUUAAUUACGGUAACAAAGACCUCAAGCCAAUAGCAGGCAAAGCAGACAGCGACAGAAAGUUUCCAAACCAGCUAGUUAAGUUUGCAAGGACCACAAUCACAGCCACAGAGGGAGGUGCCAUGGCAGACUGUUAUGCUGGUAUUCGCUGGCAAGAAUUCACACUGUGGACGACCAUAGCAGUUCAUUUCGUGCUGAUACAUUUUGUCACACAGUUCUUCCGGGAUGCUGCCUGACAGGGACGUAUUUUUGACUACCAAGCUGGUCAAAUUCUCCAGCAUGAGUAGCUCUGUAGGGAGUGUGCCAGAAAGGUGGGUAUUUUGCAGCUCUAUUUUCCUGAGACCAGACAGUUGACCCACUUCUGUAGGAACAGUGCCCGAGAACAUGUUGUCAUUAAUGUAUAUUAACUGCAAAUGGGAAAGUUGGGAAAAAAGACCAGGAGGCAUUGCUCCUUCCGACUGAUUGGAGCCAACAUUCAAGAUGGCCAGCUCUGAGAAAAGCAAACAAAGGUGAAUUCUGAUGGCAGAAGUCAACACGAGUACAGCACAACACAAUAUCAUGUUUCUGAACUCACCAGCCAGUUCAAAGAGCUCAUGUGGCAAAAUUCCAGAGAUUUAAUUCCCAUGCAAGUUCAGGGCUUCCUGUUGAUAUGUAUGCAAGAUCAGUGUGCUUGCAUACCGUAACCUAUUCAAAGUCAAAUAUGAUUGCUUGGACCUUGCUUACCAACUUCUCUAAUUUUUCAAGCUGGUUUGGAAUAGUUCUGUGAAGAUUCCAGUCCAACAAAACGAGGCUUAUCAGUUCUGUCAGCUCGCCAAGCUCAGCUGUAUCAAAAGGAGGUCUAGAACGUGAGUCCAAACCCUUCCACAUGU